AUGGCAACCUACAAGUACAUACAAUUUAAAAACCCAAAAUUUCCCCAUACAACUUUGACUCCCAAACAAUCGCGCCCCAUCCCAAGAUCUACUCGGGUCAACCCUAGAAAAUCAGAUCUUGCCCCCACCCCGGAGCUGUCGACUUCUUCAUUUUUGGCAAAUUUUGAUUUGGGGAUUUUGGGGGCAAGGUCAAUCCACUAUCGUGCUAAGUGGUUGAAGGUGUUGGGUGGAGUUGGGUUUGUGGACAGGGAUGGUGUGAGUAAGCUGGCUGUGGUUCUGUCAUGCUGCAUCACAGAAGGAAUUUUUCAUAAACUCAAUAUAUAG